UACCAACAAAGUUUAACUUACUUUGCUUACUUUCUUUCAGUAGAUGGUGGUUCAUAUGGAGUCUUAUGGCUGUACACCUUUACUCCGAGAUAUUUGUGGAUGAUCGCUAUGCGACCAAAGAGCCGGCCUCAUAGAAUGGCUUAAUCGCGCGUGGGGAAAGAAAAGAAUGCCUUCCGGGAGGGGGAGGAGUUUUAUGGGAAACUGGCCCUUAUUCAGGCGUCAUCGACAUGGAGAAAACCUGGAAAACUCCAUGUUGCCAGCCUGUCCGAGUGAGGCGCGUACCCACGACCUUGAACACCCAGUGUUCAGGGUCGAGUCCACUCAAGUACGGGGACGAACACCACUCGGCUAAUGGUGGGCACCGAAGUUUGUCUUUGUCUUUCUUUCGGGUUUUAUAUGGAGAUUCUGGCCGUGUAUCCACCGAAGUUUAAUAGCAUCAAUGCCCCUUAUAUACAAGUUGUCGUGCCAAAUUUCGUUUCUUAAUUAUUUAUUUUUAGAAUUGCAAUUUAUUUUUUCCAGAGAUUUAAUUUAUUCCUAGAUCAUAAUAAAAUGUUUUGGAAUAAAGUAAAAUCGAAUAGAAUUUAAUCGAUAACUUGGCGAUAUUUGGGCGAUUAUUUAGUUCGAAAUGACAAGAAGUUGCGUGGUACAUUUUGAAAACAUUAUACACGUGUUUGUUUCGACUAAAGGUAUUUGCAAAUGUAUUUAUGGUAAUGAUUACAAAUGGGUUUGACGAAACAAUAUCUACGAUACGUUCCUGGAGCUGUUUUUGGGUUAAUUGGAAGUCCUGUUAAUUUAGUAUUUGUAAAGUAUCGAAAUUUAUAUACAAAGUACUUAGCAGUUGCUGCAUGUGAAAACGUCAUUGUGUGGGAUACGAAAACUAGAGAAAAGGUUAUAGAAUUUCAAGGUGACAAACAUGAAAUUACAACUAUAACUGCUUGGCAGGAAGGAGAUAAAAUUGCAGUAGGAUAUCAAGAUGGUUCUGUAAAAAUAUUUUCUAUUACUACAAGAGACUGUAUUGUUACUUUUAGUGGACAUGCAACUAGUGUUUCUUGUCUUGCCUAUGAUUCUGAAGGUGGAAGAUUAGUUUCUGGUGGAAAGGAUACAGAAAUAGUUGUAUGGGAUGUUGUUAAAGAAGCAGGAUUAUUUCGCUUAAAAGGACAUAAAGGAGUGGUAACAAAAUGCCAAUUUUUAGAAUCAAAAAAUAUUCUUAUUUCAAGUUCUAAAGAUACAUUUAUGAAAUUUUGGGAUCUUGAUACACAGCAUUGCUUCAAAACACUUGUUGGCCAUAGAAGUGAAAUAUGGGAUUUUGUGCUUUUAAAUGAUAGAAGAAUCAUCACUGGAACUGUUGAUAGAGAAUUAAAAGUUUGGGAUAUUAAAUUCUCUGAUGAUGAUAAUAACCUGGAGUGUGAAAUAGUAGGAUCAGUUAUAAAAAAUAAGAAAGAUAAAGUGACAUUUUUCUCACUAGAUAAUUCUUCAAGUCUUCUGGGUUGUUAUGGUUCAGAUCAUUUGCUUGAAAUAUUUAAAUUUAAUAGUGAAGAAGAAAUACAGAAAAUAUUACAAAAAAGGAAGAAAAAACAGAGAAAAUUAUUGGAAAAUACUGAAGUAGCAGAUGUUUCUGAGUUAAUAGAGAAAACAUUGGAUGAUGAGAUUUCUUCUUUGCUUUGCAUUAAAGCAAGUGGAAAAAUUAAAGGAUGUAGUAUUAUACAAGAAAAAAUUAAUCAAGCAAUGGUAUGUAUAUUUUAA